AUCUUAUUCCCCACCAGCCUCUCCGAGGCCACACGCACGCUCUACUCUCCCGCGCCGAGAGCUUCCCCUCCAAUCACUCACCGGAUCCUCUCGAAACCCUAACCCUUAUCUCCGAUUCUUCCUUUUCUCUCCGCUCCUGUAACCGAGCUGGAUUUCCUCAAGAAAUGCACGUCUUGGCUUGUAAUCCUUCGCCGCAACCUCAGGGCCGCCGAGCUCCGAGCCAUUUCGGCCGCCGAAAGAUCUUCUCGGAUAGCAUCUCGUCAAUCUGCUCUCAGAGAAGCACUUCCUUUGAUUCUAGCGUCGAUGAAACUUCUUGCGACUCCCAAUCACUUCCAAGGCCAGUUGGUAACCAGACUAUUAACUUAGGAAAAAUGCUGAGCCAGAUCAUUCCUUGGACAACAAGGCGUAUGCUGUUUGCUAGUCCAGCCAUAUGUCUCUGCUUCCAUUCUUCAAGGUACUUCACAGCUGUUGCUUUGGGUGACCCAUCUGUCACAGUCCAAGAUGUAACUCCUCGCAUUUUGCCCUCAGGGCCACUCUUUCCUUCUGAGGAAAGGAUUGUAGAACUUUUUGAGAGAAACACUUACUCUGUUGUCAACAUCUUUGAUGUAACAUUACGCCCUCAGCUUAACGUAACUGGUGUUGUCGAGGUUCCUGAAGGAAAUGGUUCUGGUGUAGUUUGGGAUAAUGAUGGACACAUUGUGACAAAUUACCAUGUGGUUGGAAAUGCUCUUUCGAAGAAUCCAAGCCCUGGUCAAGUUGUUGCACGUGUGAACAUCCUGGCUUCUGAUGGGGUACAAAAAAAUUUUGAGGGUAAGUUGAUCGGUGCAGACCGUGCUAAGGAUCUUGCUGUGUUGAAGGUGGAAGCUUCUGCAGACCUUCUGAAGUCAAUUAAAGUGGGGCAAUCAUCUGCUCUAAAAGUUGGCCAGCAAUGUUUAGCAAUUGGAAAUCCCUUUGGCUUUGAUCAUACUUUAACUGUUGGGGUUAUUAGUGGAUUAAAUCGAGAUAUUUUCAGUCAAACUGGAGUAACAAUUGGAGGUGGUAUUCAGACUGAUGCAGCCAUUAAUCCUGGGAAUAGCGGUGGUCCUUUGCUAGACUCCAAAGGAAAUCUGAUUGGAAUUAACACAGCAAUAUUUACGCAGACAGGCACAUCUGCUGGUGUUGGCUUUGCCAUCCCAUCUUCAACUGUACUUAAGAUAGUACCUCAGUUAAUUCAGUUUGGCAAAGUUGUGCGUGCUGGUUUGAAUGUGGAAAUAGCUUCAAAUCUGGUCGCUAAUCAACUAAAUGUUCAGAAAGGAGCCCUUGUACUGCAGGUUAUGGGGAACAGUGUUGCAGCCAAAGUAGGUUUGCUUCCUACUACAAGAGGUUUUGCUGGUAACAUAAUUCUCGGGGAUGUCAUCGUUGCAGUAGAUGAUAAGCCUAUUAGAAGUAAAGCAGAUCUAUCAAAGAUUCUGGAUGACUAUAAUGUUGGAGAUAAAGUUGUGCUGAAGGUCCAAAGAGGUAAUCAGAGCUUGGAGCUGCCUUUGGUCUUAGAGGAGACAAGCAUUCGAUGAGCACCCAAAAUCCUCCAUCUGUCUAUUUGUGCAUAUCCAAGCUUGUGAAAUUAAUAGGUGUCAUGACACAUGGUGGGAAGCUGCAGUUAUGCAUUCUCAAAGUUCUAAAUGGAACGGGAGAUAUUACUUAAAAGAAAUAGGGCAGCACUUGCAUUCCAUCUGUGUAUUUUAUCCUCGAGAAGUUGCAGCAUUAAAUUUGAUCUGGAGUCGCCUGGAUUUGUGAUCUUCGUUAUUAUGGAAGUUGCUCUUGAGAUUCUCUCAAAAAAUUCACAGAAAUUUUUGUUGCUAUUAUCUCUGUUUUCCUUUAAUUUAUUUAUUCAUUAAGAACUUCAUUUGUUGUAAGGAAAUGCCUGAUGCUAUUGAGAAGUGAAUCUGUUGAUAACACUGUAACUUGAGUAAUUAACAAAUGCAUCGGCUUCUUAAACUGUUCUUCACCUUCUGUCUUUUUCUGCAGCUCCAAAUCUUACGAUGCAAGGAGAAAAAAGCUCAAUUCUUGUGCUCUAAAUCAAUCAUGUCCUUCUCUUCAUGAAUUAUUAUUACUCACUAUCUUCAUGAUUUGGGUGAUUGAUUACUUGUAUGGAUGACAAUUUAUAAGUAGAGUUUACAGAUGGAUCAAAUUGGUGAAAAGGGAGAGGUGCACAUAUUUCUGCAGAAGGAACUUCCCAACUUUGCACAACAGAUUGGACAAACAGUUGUAAUAUAAGACAUUAUUCUAGGGAAAUUGCAUGGUUCAAUGUAAUCUUGGCAAAUUGCAUGGCUUCACAGAUUCAAAUAAAUAUGGCUCUUAUGAGUUGCCCUUGUAGUUUCAGAAAAAUGGCUUUCAUAUUAAGGGCUUUUUUUUCUGGAUGAGUUGAUUCAUUGAAAGUAAUCCAUAGUUCGGAGGAUAAUUUGUAGACUUUAUUAUAUAUUCUUUUAUUGCAAA